CUGACGAGAGAUGUUUCUGAUUUGAAGUUGCUACUCUAUGCGAGCAACCAAUCAACGCGAUCUGAUACGAUCAACCUUCGACUUGAACGGCGUAAAAGUGCUUUUAGGCUAGUAUCUCUAGGCGUAACCGAUGUCAACUCAAAGGGAAAGCACAGAGAGCGGAGCUAUGAGGAAACGAAUGAAACAUGAGGUGGCAGAAAAGGCGGGAGAUGAAGCAGAAUCAAAGACUGUAGAGGAGGAAGAAUUCGAGACCAACAUUGCUGGAUCUGAAGAAAUGGAACUCAGUGUCUCUCUUAUUCUUGAGAAGAUUGAGAGUUAUACUCAGAGGGUAUCUGAGCUCCUAGAAUCAGGGAAAACAAUGUUGAAGGAGCUAAGCGAUGAAUUUGAAGAGAAACUGAUUAUGAUUCACAAGGAGCAAGUGGAAAAAUGGCAAGAAGAAAUCAGAGAACUGCGUGCACUCGAUGCUUCAAAUGAGGAAGCCAAUGCUCUUCUGCAUAAUGCUCGACAUCUUCUUCAGCCCACUCGCGAUCAUUAGUGAGGGUAAUUUUCUGAUGUAUAUGUACAUUCAUUAAUCAGGAAAUAUGUAUGCCUUGGUAGGAGUUUGAAUGUGCUAUGCUAGCCUGGGGAAUACUCGGGCACUAUUGGAUCAUUAGGAAUUUAAGAUUGGAUUAAUUUGAAUUGGGCUGUUUCCCAUCAUCUAAAUCUUAAUGUGCAAUAUAUACUCAUCACAAUUGGUUAAUAUAGGCGGGGGAGUUAUA